AUGUCUUCCAAACUUAAAAUGAGUAACGGCGACUGGGUCUGCACCGAUAAGCGGUAAUUUAUACGUGAAAGAGUUGAAACAUCUUCAGUAUUUCUUCAUGUUUCUUCUUUUAUUCCUUUUUCAGAUGCGGCAAUGUGAAUUUUGCCCGACGUACUUCCUGCAACCGUUGUGGAAAAGGUGAGAGCAUGCCCUUUGCCACGUUUCUCCACUUUAGCGAACAACGUUAUGUUGGUACUGUAACAGAUUUAGUAGCCCAUUCUUGUGUCAAAAGCGAUUUGAAAAUUUUUCGAAAUUGUUUAUUAUUCCGUAUUUCCUUUAAUUUAUGUUAUAAAUCGUCAGCUGUUUAGGAAUUAACUUCAUUGUUUCAAUGUGCACGUUAGCUGAUCAUAAUUGUAAAAUUGUAAGAUGAAACUUUGCCUGAUUGAAAUGAGCUUCUAGAGCAAAAUGAGACCUAAUUAAUUUUGUAAUCUUUGGAAAAGAUCAUCCUUUGAUCUUUUGUCCAUAGUUUGACCUCCAUCAAUUUUUGAAUCUGUUAUGCUAGAUAACUAUUGUUUCGCUCAAACUCCACUGUCAAGUGAUCUCAUUAACCUUUUUAGUUAAAGGUUAUUUUUGGUAGAAAAGGUGGUGGUUAUUCAUCGUGGUGAAUAACAAUAAAAGCUAAGUUUCCGUUUGUCUCACGAUGUAGUCACGUGUGAUGUAGAACGCGACGUUUCGAUGCAUACUGCUAGUCUUCUUCAGCCAAUGAGGUCGACUGGUCAUGCGUGAUCUUAUAAAGCAUGAUGCUCUGCUGUGAUUAGUUGUUUUUCAACAGUUCUGAUUGGUGCAUUUCGAUCCUUGCUGAUCACUCAGUGAUUUGCUCCCUCAGCAGUCUGCUGUCACACAGCUCUCCUGUUGUUGUGUUUUUUGAUCAUGGGCAUCAAUGCUUCUGGAAUUUCUAUUCCACUAUCCCUGUUGAUGUUGUUGGGGUGAAGUCGUAUGUGAAUUGCCUCUUUGACCUUAUGUGUAUAGUAAUAAGGUCACGAUCAAUAAACUUUACUUUGUUCCAGAGUGGCUUGUGUCCGAUGUUGUGGGCAUGCUCUGAAACAGCGAAGGUCUCGGUACAGGCCGAGUCAAAUGUCUCAAUCGUGCUCCUUAAUUCUGUCUUGCAUAGGUCUUCCAGUCUCUCCGACGUAUACCUUGCCACAUUCACAGGGAAUCCUGUAAACUAUGCCAUCUUGUUUAGCCGGGUCGACAGUGGCUAAACAAGAUGGUGUAGUUUACAGGAUUCACAUAAGACUUCACCCUAACAACAUCAACAGGGAUAGUGGAAUAGAAAUUCCAGAAGCGUGGAUGCCCACAAUCAAAAAACACAACAACAGGAGAGCUAUGUGACCACUGAGGGAGCAAAUCACUGAGUGAUCAGCAAGGAUCGAAAUGCACCAAUCAGAGCUGUUGAAAAACAACUAAUCACAGCAGAGCAUCAUGCUUUAUAAGAUCACGCAUGACCAGCCGACCUCAUUGCCUGAAGAAGACUAGCAGUAUGCAGUCAAAACGUCACGAUCUACAUCACAUGUGACUACAUUGUGAGACAAACAGAAAACUUAACUUUUAAGGUUAUUUUUGGUCAGUUAUUAUGGUAUACUAUGAUUAUCAAACUUUUUCAGAAAAAAAAGUGACAAUCAUGUUCCUUUAGUAGGCAUAUGGCUCUUCAGGUUACACAUUUGAUAAAACACAAUGUGAUUAUGGCACUUUGCAUUUUAUAAUUUGCUUUUCACUUUUUAAGAAAAGGGGAACAUUGACAAAAUAAAGCUUACUGGAGCAGAAAUUGGGAAACAAGCCGCAGCAAAAAGUAGAGGAUUGUUUAGUGCUGAUGACUGGAUGUGUUCCAAGUAUGUCUUCACUGCAAUUUGAAAUGUUUAAUGUCUACAGUAGACCCCCAACUUAGGCGGAUGCCUCCUUCCCCAUCUCCACCCCUCCCUCCAAAACUAGUGAGAGAAGCAGCAAAUUAGCUUGCUUAAAUGAACCAAAAGUGCCAGGUUUCUAGGCCUGGUUGAAUUCAGUGCCUUUUAUUCUUAGCUGGACACUUGACCUUCUCUGCUCCUCUCCAGCCAGAAGUAUGAAUAAGAACAGAAAAUUUUCAUGGUAUUGUUGUUAAUUUCAUAUUGGUGGAAUGGUUCCUUAUUUUCCAUUAAUUAACUUGUUCUGAAAUAAUUUUUUUUUUUGCCUUUAGAUGUGGUAAUGUAAACUGGGCUCGAAGAAAUGAUUGUAACAUGUGUGGACAUCCUAAAUUUGCUAAAGCUGAAGUUAGGACAGGUGAUUGAAUUUUGUUCUUUUUCUUUCUUCUAGUGUUUUCCAAAAUCAUGAAUUAUCUUAAGUUACAACUAAGCAUUCUUUUAUGUUUGAUUUAGCCUAGCAAGGGUUUCGAUAAAAGCCAGUUACCUGUGGUCUAACACUGCCUAUAAGACCUCUCACUGCUAUAUGUUUAGGAUCUGAGGAGACUUGUGUGUUUGGGUUUUAGCUGCCUUUUUGGUUUCUGCUGAAAAAUGCCAUUGAAAUCCCCUCCAAGAUCUGAUUAUUAAUUCUCAAAUUUAUCAAAUUUCUUUGUAAAUUGGUUACAAGAAUUUGCUGAUAGAUCAAGACAACAACUUCUACCCGAUAAGUUCGAGCCCCCUCAUUACCUGUCUGUUGGAUAAUUUAUGAAUUUUAUCGGGAGAAGUUACAUAUUAAUCACUUCUCUAUCUUUCUUUGCUUAUGUUUGUAGGAUAUGGUGGUGGUUUCAAUGAACGUGAAGGGGUAGAGUAUAUCCAAAGAGAAGAUUCUGAUGAUGAAUUUGAUGAGGUAUUUAAAAAUCUAGGAUAAAAUAUACAACACUAAGCAUUUUACUUUUUUUUAAAUGAUAAUUUUAUUACAUAAAUUAAUUAUUAUUGUUUUUACUUUUUAACAUAUUGCUACCUGUAAUCUCAUCAUUAUUAUUUCUUUGUGUUAUUCAACUUAAUGAGAUAAGCACUUGAAAACUGAAUGUUUGACAAGUACAAUUUUUUUUUCAUUAGUAAUCUUUAUUUCUGUUCGGCAGUUUGGUAGAAAAAAGAAAGGAAAGCAGGGUGCUUCUCAAGCAGUUGUUGAACAGGUAUAUUCCACAUUGUCAGUCAAAGUUUAACGUUAAAAAAAUUACCAGUUAAACAGAUCAAAAAGCUUUUCAGCAUACAUUGUCCUUAAUAUUAACCUCUACACCCUAACAUCAGUAUUUUUACUCUCUUUACUGUUUUCUAUUUAUUUCUAAGCAGGCUGAGAAGGAAAAUUUAUUUACAAUCAAAAGCUUCUUUAGUUGGUGAUCCUUUCCUUUAUUCUCAUGACCUUUAUGGUCAGGGUUGGUUACAUAAGGAGAAGCUGCUUUAAUAGAUUCUUAUCACUCUUAGCAGUCAAAGGUUUGAGUCAAAGAAAUUGAGAUUGUGAAGGACAUUGAGCUAGCAUGCAAAGUAUUUAAUCACAGGAUUAAACACUGGUAAAAAAAACUUUCUAUAGGUGUAUCAUAUUUCCCCUGUGAGCUGAGUCAUAAGAGCUGUGUAGUAAAACUGAGUAUUUUCAUGACAGAAACCGAAAACAGAAGAACUUAACAACAAAGAGGAGGAAGAUGAUUAUUACAAUGAUGAUGAUGAUGAUGAUGAUGAUGAUGAAGAAGGCGACCUGUCAAAAUAUAACUUGGAUGAUGAGGUAGCACAAAUUGUAACUUGUAGAGAGAGAUAAUUCAUGUCUAGAAAGUGAAGUUAAUGUGGUAAUCAUUGUCAUAGCCUUCAAAAUUCUCUGCAUUAUAAUCACUCAGUAAUGAAAGCUAUCCUUCACAUUUUACACAGAAUUCAAUUAAAAAUAAGUGUGUAUUUUCCCAAAAAAGGCGCUGUCUCAGAAAAGAUUAUAUAGAUGAAAGCAAACAGAAAAUCACUAUUAAUAGUGUUGAAUCUUUUUGUCACUGAGUUUUGGUUUUUAAUCAAAGUUUGCUCUUUUCCUAAUCAGGAUGAUGAUGAUGAAGAUGGUGACUUGUCCAAGUACCAACUUGAUGAUGAUUCAGACAAUGAAAACAAGGAUAAGGGCCGGUAAACUCCUCCCCCCUGUCUGCCCCACCAAUUCUUGAUUAUUCAGGUGGGGUCAGGCACUCUGCCAAUUCUGUCAUAGUUCAUUUAAAAAAAAUUUCUUUUUGUGAUAUUAUUAUAGUUGAUAAUAUUAUAUUUGUGCAUAUUAAAGAUUCUCCCCAGAUUGAAUCUUACUGUGCAAGCAAAGUCAACCAAAGAUAAUAUAUAUAAAUUGACUCAUCCCCUCCUCCCCACAUCUGACAGUCUUAAAGAGGAAAGAAAGCACCUUAUCAUUACUGUUGUUUUGCUAUGUUGUUAAAUCCAUGUGGUUGAUUUAUGUAAAAUUUUUCAACAAUUGCAAAAUUGUCACAAACAGAUACAAGUUAGGAGAACAACUAAAUGUGAAACAAAAUAAAUAAUCAUCAGGAUGAAGGUAGAUACCAGUUUUAGAGGUCACAUUAUUUUCCCUUCUCAGGUUUUGGAAGAAAAAAGCUCUCCAAAACAUGCCAGCAACUCUAUGAUUUGGCUCUGUUUUUUCCAAAUUAUCCCCCCCUGCAAGAGUGACUGCUUUGACAUGAUUACUUUUGAUUGUUAGUUUUUAAUAUUGGUUGUCAUCAGUUUUUAAUAUUUAGUUUAUUUUAAUUAUUGAAAUCAGUUUUCCUUUACUUCAAUAAUUGAUUGCCAUCACUAACUCUCUAAUAUGCUUAAACAGAAUGUCAGCUGAAGUGAAAGAAAAUUGUUGAAAAGAUGAAUUUCUCAAGAGACUUUAUAAGCUGUAGGUUAUUGUUGAUGACGUUAAAUCUAAUUUCAUCUGUUUUUAAACUGCCUAUUCUUCAGGCGUUCAAGAUCAAAGUCAGGUUCUCCUCCCAGUAAGAGAAAGCGGCGUAGUGGAAGUAGUAGUUCGUCUUCCUCCUCAUCAAGAUCUAAGUCGAGAAGUAGCUCUUCAAGAUCUCGUAGUCGUUCAAGGUCUCAUUCUAAGAGCUCCAGUUCAAGAUCAAGGUCUCAUUCACGCUCAGGAUCUCCCAAACAAAGUCCAAGGGAGAGGAGGUUUGGU